UUGAUAAUGAAAAUGGACAUGGAGGAUGCUGACAUGACUCUAUGGACAGAGGCUGAAUUUGAAGAGAAGUGUACAUAUAUUGUAAAUGAUCAUCCUGCGGACUCCAGCGCUGAAAGUGGCACCAUAACCCAAGCUGAGUCAUCCUUGCCAAGGAACUUGAUUUUCAAAUAUGCUGGAAAUAGCAAAGAGGUUAUUGGAGUUAUUAGCAAAGAAUAUAUCCCCAAAGGAACACGUUUUGGACCUCUGGUUGGAGAGAUCUAUACCAAUGACACUGUUCCUAAAAACGCAAACAGAAAAUAUUUUUGGCGGAUCUAUUCUGAAGGUGAGCUUCACCACUUCAUUGAUGGAUUUAAUGAAGAAAAGAGUAAUUGGAUGCGCUACGUAAACCCAGCUCAUUCUGUUCAGGAGCAGAAUCUGGCUGCUUGUCAGAAUGGAAUGAACAUUUACUUCUACACCAUCAAACCCAUCCCCGCCAACCAGGAAUUACUGGUGUGGUAUUGCCGGGACUUUGCAGAUAGGUUGCACUAUCCUUCUACUGGAGACCUGGUGAUGAUGAAUAUCACACACAGCCAUGUGAAUCCAAAGCCGCAAAGCAAUGAUGAAUUUUCUCAGAAAAAUGUCCCCAAAAGAGAGCACAGCGUGAAGGAAAUCCUGAAAAAUGAUUCCAGUCAUCCCAAAGGAAAGGACUUACUCCACACCCACAUUUCACCACAUAUUCAAGAAAAAGACUUUGAAGGCUUAAGAAAAAACUGUAGCCCUGAAAGGCCUUUCUACCCACGCAUUGUCUACCCAAUCCGGCCUCAUAUUCCAGAAGAUUACCUGAAGGCUUCUCUGUCUUAUGGGAUGGAGAGGCCUAGUUACAUUGCCCACUCACCCAUCCAGGCCUCUACUACACCAAGCCCCUCAGCAAGAAGUAGCCCAGACCAAAGUUUAAAAAGCUCAAGCCCUCACAGCAGCCCAAGGAUUACAGUUUCACCCUUGGCUCCUAUGUCUCAAGAGCACAGAGAACCUUAUCCUUACUUGAAUGGACCCUAUAGCUCAGAAGGAUUAGGGUCAUAUUCUGGAUAUGCAACCUCAAACCAUCUCUCACAAGCCUUUUUACCCUACAAUUCCCCCUAUCAUAAAUUCCUCUUACCACCAUACAACAUGAGCUGUGGCAGCCUGGGUACUUUGAACAGCAUCAACAAUUUCAACCUCCUCCCAAGGAUGUAUCCCUUCUACAGCAACCUAUUCAAUGGAGGAAGCCUUUCCAAUCAUAUGCUGAAUCCGUCUUCCCUUCCAAGUUCAUUGCCAUCUGAUGGAAGUCGACAGUUGUUGCCACCUGACCAUCGAAGGGACUUCCUUAUCCCUGCACAUAACAGUGCCUUCUCCAUCACAGGGGCUGCUGCCAGCAUGAAAGACAAGCCAUGCAGCCCAACCAGUGGAUCACCAACAGCUGGCACAGCAGCCACUUCAGAACAUAUAAUGCAACCUAAACCUACCUCAGCAGGGUUAGCUGCCACCAACAGUGAAGAAGCCAUCAAUCUUAUCAAGAGCAAGCGAAAUAUGACGGGUUACAAAACCCUUCCAUACCCACUGAAGAAACAGAAUGGGAAGAUAAAGUAUGAAUGCAAUGUCUGCUCCAAAACCUUUGGCCAGCUCUCUAAUCUAAAGGUCCACCUUCGAGUACAUAGUGGAGAAAGACCAUUCAAAUGUACUACAUGUAAUAAAGGAUUUACUCAGUUGGCUCACCUCCAAAAGCACUAUCUGGUACACACAGGAGAAAAACCCCAUGAGUGUCAGGUGUGCCAUAAACGAUUCAGCAGCACAAGCAACCUGAAGACGCAUCUGCGGCUCCAUUCUGGAGAGAAGCCUUAUCAGUGCAAACUCUGCCCUGCUAAAUUCACCCAGUUUGUGCAUCUGAAGCUGCACAAGCGUCUCCACACCAGAGAGCGCCCACAUAAGUGCAUCCACUGCCAUAAGAGCUACAUCCACCGCUGUAGCCUCAAAGUCCACCUUAAGGGCAACUGCCCAGUUGUCCCCUCAUCUAACCUUUCCACAGAGGACCUGAAUCGGAUCAAUGAAGAAAUAGAGAAAUUUGACAUCAGUGACAGUGCGGACAGGUUGGACGAUGUCGAGGACAACGUUGACAUGGCAUCUGUAGUCGAAAAAGAAAUAUUGGCUGUGCUCAGAAGAGAGAUGGAAGGAGCCAGUCUUAAAGCAUCGUUGCAGAGGAACCUGGGAAAUGGACUGAUCACCUCAGGAUGCAAUCUUUAUGAAUCAUCAGAUAUUGUGAAGUUGCCUCAUGGUCAUCCACUACCUCGGGUACCUAUAAAGGUCAAGCAAGAAACAGUUGAACCAAUGGACCCUUAAACUCUG